AUGGGUGCUCAGCAACAGCGUCAACAACAGCUUCAGCAACAGCUUCAGCAACAGCGUCAACAACAGGCGUUACCCGUUGGCGAGCCCCAACGGGUACAAGCCAUGGAGAACGCUCGCCAGCUGCAAAUGCAAAUGAUGGGUGCUCGGCAGCAACAGCAACAACAACAACAAGCACUUGCAAUGGGCGCAAGGCCCGUCACUAACUCUCCAUCUCGGACCCCAGCUCAGAUGCCAACGAUGCAGAUGCAUCAGAUGGGCUCAGCCUACGAUGACCUCAUCAUGGAACCCGCCGACUCGCAAUACAGCUCUGCCACCAUCGCAUCCUUCGAAUCCGCCUGCCAACCCGGCCCCCUUUCCAACAUCCAAACUCGCAACCCCGACUUCCUCCACCGCUGUCUAAUCCAUGCCAUUAGCACUGGCAAUCUCGAAAUCGCCCGUGAUCUCCUCUCUACAGGCGCGCCUAUCGUCCGCCAUACACCAAACAGCAUCCUCACGGCGCCGUCAGCGCAGCAAAUCUCCCUCUUUGAACUCUUCACUGAGUAUGGCUGGACACCAAAUACACCGGGCUGCUACGGUGCCAUGCUUCUUCCCUGUGUCGUCACGAACCUGCCUCUGCUGAAAUGGUUCCUCGUCCAUGGCGCGAACCCCAAUCUGGGCGUACAAUCCGACUAUCGUGACCGGCUGGGCGGGCCUGACACUGAUUCGUGCGCGGCUCUGCAAAAAGCCGCUUCGACGGGCACGCUUGAAGCUGUGCACUUGCUCUUAGACGCGGGCGCGCAAAUCCGGAACGGGACGCCGCUCCACUGCGCCGCGGGGGCUUGUCCUCCUGGCACUCCUCUCGGAGCGCCGUUAAACGACGGCGUCACACCGAGUAAGGAGUUUGAUACAAGCAGGAUUCCAGUGAUGGCGCUCUUGGUUGAGCGUGGAGCAGAUGUAAAUCAGGCCCAGGAAUCACGGCAUAAGGUUGCCAAGUAUCCUAUCGUUCACGCCGUACUGGUUGGAGCUGUCGAGAGGGUCAAGUGGUUGUUGGAGAAUGGAGCUGAUCCAGAGGCGAGGGGGGCGUGGGGAAGUGCUGUUGAGUGCGCGAAAUGGCGAAGUAGUGCAGAGAUGAAAAGAGUACUAAAUAUAAACACCCCGUGA